GAGGUCAUAGAACUGCGAGGCCAAGUUAAGCCUUCAACAGUCACACCUGCUCUGGCAAAACUGAGGCACAGGGCAAGGAGUAGCAGGACUCCAGGGUCUCCAGGACCUGGAAUUUGGUUCAGGCCCCACUUUUCAAGCAUCAACCCAGAGGAACAAGAGGCUGCAGAAGGGGCCAGGAACCGUUAGGGAGGUAAGGAAGAUCCUUCAGAAGAGUAGUGCUUAGUAGCUCCGACCCAUAAGCCCACAAUCACCCACUGCGGACACAAGGCAGAUCACGAGGCAAGAGGCUGCCUUCUGACACAGUCAGCUGCCCCUACACUUUCUCUUCCAGUAUUUUACUUUCGAGAGUUCUUUUUCACAGCUUCCAGAGUCCACCAGCCGAAGGGACGAGCGCUGCGGGCCCUGUCGCCAGGGAGCUGCAGCCAGCGCCCAAGCUUUGCUUUCACAGGAUUUGGCUAGGCGGGCAGCCAGACAGACCAUCUCUCUGGACAACAUAUGACGUGGGGAGGUGACCUGCAUUUCUUCUGAUAUAAGACUACAGAUUAUGAGUUCUAAAACAGGGGCGAUAUCAGUCGAACCAACGACCCAGCUUCAGGACCUAGAUGCCCCCGAAAAACCGUCCCUUAGGAAGGGAUCCACACCAUCGCCCGAAGGAAGGCGCAACCGGAAGGGGCGGGGCCCCCCCGGACGCGGAGCUUCUGCUAGCAUGGCUUCUCGUGGGGUCAUUGGGGUUUUCCUCCUCUCUGCUCUCCCCCUCUUGUGUCUGGAGCUCCGGCGUGGGAUCCCCCAUCUAGGCAUUAAAGAUCUAAUUUUGCUGUGUGGUCGGAUUUUCUUACUGCUUGCUCUUCUUACUUUAAUUAUUUCUGUGACUACCUCAUGGCUUAAUUCAUUUAAAUCGUCCCAAGUGUAUCUGAAAGAAGAAGAAGAGAAGAAUGAGGAAAAACAAAAACUUGUCAGAAAAAAACAACAAGAGGCGCAGGGUGAAAAGGCCAGCAGAUACAUAGAGAAUGUUCUAAAACCUCACCAGGAAAUGAAGCUGAGAAAACUGGAAGAACGCUUUUAUCAGAUGACGGGUGAAACCUGGAAGUUGAGCAAUGGCCAUAAGCUUGGGGGUGACGAAGAUUUGGUGCUGGAAAAUGAGGCUUUUAAAACAUCAAACAGAGAAGCAGCAAAGAGACGAAACUUGCCUAAGCUGUUAACCAAAAUCUCACCAUCUGCUGAGCAGCCCACGCGGAAGGAGGUUCUUGAUCUACCUGAAGAACCUCCUGAAAGAGCUGAAGAAGUAGUUACUGUUGCCCUCCGAUGUCCAAGUGGGAGUGUCCUGAGAAGAAGAUUUUUUAAGUCUUGCAGUUCACAGAUUUAUCAUUUUCUAAUCCUGCGGUGGAUGAAGACUUGGGGGAGAAGGAGCCCAGUGAGCCAUCCAGGUGUCUCGAAGAUUGAUUUAUUUGAGAGAGAGAGAGGGAGAGUGCGUCAGAGGGGCAGAGGGAGAGAAUCUCCAGCUGACUGCCCGCUGAGUGUGGAGCCCGGCUGGGGUCUCCGUUGCCUGACCCCGAGAUCAUGUCCUGAGCAGAAACCAAUGCAGACGCUCAGCCAACUGAGCCACCCAGGUGUCCCAUGCUUCACUUUGUAAACUUCACUGUAAUGGCCCGAUGUGGCAGAUAACUCAUUUGAGUUUAAUAAAUACAGUAGUUACCUGUUAUUGAAACAACGUAAAUCUCACUUUAGGUUGCCCCAUUAAUAUGCCUGUGAUACUAAGGGGUAUUUUGUCACGGGAGAAAAUAAAAACCUU